AUGGCCUCCUCCGGCAUGCUCACCAAGUUCGAGUCCAAGUCCUCGAGGGCAAAGGGCAUUGCCUUCCACCCCAAGAGGCCAUGGAUUCUCGUCUCUCUCCACUCGUCGACCAUCCAGCUGUGGGACUACCGCAUGGGCACCCUGAUCGACCGCUUCGAGGAGCACGACGGCCCCGUCCGCGGCAUCGACUUCCACAAGACCCAGCCCCUGUUCGUCUCGGCCGGCGAUGACUACAAGAUCAAGGUCUGGUCCUACCAGACGAGGAGAUGCCUGUUCACCCUCAACGGCCAUCUCGACUACGUGCGCACCGUCUUCUUCCACCACGAGCUCCCCUGGAUCAUCUCGUGCUCCGACGACCAGACCAUCCGCAUAUGGAACUGGCAGAACCGCUCGCUGAUCUGCACCAUGACCGGCCACAACCACUAUGUCAUGUGCGCCCAGUUCCACCCCAAGGAGGACCUCGUCGUCUCGGCCUCCCUCGACCAGUCCGUCCGCGUCUGGGACAUCUCGGGCCUGCGCAAGAAGCACUCGGCCCCGACCUCCAUGUCCUUCGAGGACCAGGUCGCCCGCCAGAACCAGCAGCAGACCGACAUGUUCGGUAACACCGACGCCAUGGUCAAGUUUGUUCUCGAGGGCCACGACCGCGGCGUCAACUGGGUCGCCUUCCACCCCACCGCACCACACAUCGUCUCGGCCGGCGACGACCGUCUCGUCAAGCUGUGGCGCUUCAGCGAGACCAAGGCCUGGGAGGUCGACACCUGCCGCGGCCACUUCCAGAACGCCACCGGCUGCCUGUUCCACCCCCACCAGGACCUGAUCCUGUCCUGCGGCGAGGACAAGACCAUCCGCGUCUGGGACUCGCAGAAGCGCACCGCAGUCCAGUCCUUCAAGAGGGAAAACGACCGGUUCUGGGUUAUCGCUGCCCACCCGGAGAUCAACCUGUUCGCUGCCGGCCACGACAACGGUGUCAUGGUCUUCAAGCUCGAGAGGGAGAGGCCCGCCUCGACGGUGCACCAGAACAAUCUGUUCUUCAUCACCAAGGAGAAGCACGUCCGCUCCUACGACUUCCAGAAGAACUCCGAGAGCCCGACCCUGCUGUCGCUGAAGAGACUGGGUAGUGCCUGGGUCCCUCCCCGAACCCUGUCGUACAACCCUGCUGAGAGGUCGGUCUUGGUCACCUCGCCCGCCGACGGCGGUUCAUAUGAGCUGAUCAACCUGCCGCGGGAUGGCUCCGGCGCUCUGGAGGCUACCGAUUCGAAGCGCGGACAGGGCAACUCUGCCAUCUUUGUUGCCCGAAACCGAUUCGCCGUGCUCAACACUGCCUCGCAGACUGUCGAUAUCAAGGACCUCUCCAACAACACCGCGCGUUCCUUCAAGCCCCCGGUCGGCACUACCGACAUCUACUUUGGUGGCACUGGAAACCUUCUGAUUAUUACGCCCACCGCGGUUCACCUGUACGAUAUCCAGCAGAAGAAGAGCAUCGCCGAGUUGGCAGUGAACGGUGUCAAGUACGUUGUUUGGUCCAACGACGGCCUCCACGCCGCCCUGUUGAGCAAGCACAACGUCACAAUCGUCACAAAGACUCUCGAGCAGGUCAGCACUCUCCACGAGACAAUCCGGAUCAAGAGCGCAACCUGGGAUGACGCUGGUGUGCUUCUCUACUCGACCCUCAACCACAUCAAGUACACUCUGAUGAACGGCGAUAACGGCAUCGUGCGGACUCUGGAUCAGACCGUGUACCUCGUCCGAGUCAAGGGGCGAAAUGUAUACUGUCUUGACAGGGCCGCCAAGCCCAAGGUCAUCAGCAUCGACCCUACCGAGUAUCGAUUCAAGCUGUCCUUGGUGAAGCGCAACUACGAGGAGAUGUUGCACAUUAUUAAGACCUCCAGCUUGGUCGGCCAGUCUAUUAUAUCCUACCUGCAGAAGAAGGGCUACCCCGAGAUUGCUCUGCAGUUCGUUCAGGACCCGGCUACGAGAUUCGAGCUUGCUAUUGAGUGCGGCAACCUUGACGUCGCCGUCGAGGUCGCCAAGGAGCUUGAUCGCCCAGCCCUGUGGAAGCGCGUCGGCGACGAAGCUUUGUCCCAUGGUAACCACCAGGUUGUGGAGAUGGCGUACCAGAAGCUCAAGCAGUUUGAGAAGCUUUCCUUCCUGUACCUAUCGACUGGCGACCACAGCAAGCUGGCUAGAAUGGCCAAGAUUGCUGAACACCGUGGUGAUUUCACUGCCCGAUUCCAAAAUGCCCUGUACCUCGGUGAGGUCGAGGACAGGAUACAAAUGUUCAAGGAGAUUGACCUCUAUCCGCUCGCGUACAUGACUGCCAAGGCCCAUGGAUUGGAAGAGGAGUGCCAGUCCAUCCUUGAGGUAACCGGUAUUACGGAGGACCAAUUGACCCUGCCCGAAUUCGGUGAGCCGCUCAAGCAGCCGCAGCCCGUCGUGCCUACGUAUAAGGCCAACUGGCCCACCAAGGCUAGCUCGCAGUCGUUCUUUGAGAAGGCUCUCGCAGGUCAAUUGGAAGGCCUCAGCCUCGAGGAGGAGCCAGCAGCAGCCACUAAUGGUUUUGACGAGCUUGGCGAUGAAGAUAUCCUCACCAAGAAGACCGCCGCUCUUGAGGUGGAAGACGAUGACGACGCUGCCGGCUGGGAUCUGGGUGAUGACAUUGUCCCGGAAGCUGACCACGACUUUGUCAACGUCGACAGCACCGAAGCUGGUGGUGCCGGAAGCAGCGAGGCAGAUCUCUGGGCUCGCAACUCGCCACUGGCAGCCGAUCAUGUGGCAGGUGGCUCCUUUGAAUCAGCAAUGAACCUCUUGAACCGCCAAGUGGGUGCCGUCAACUUCGCCCCUCUGAAGCCCAGAUUCCUCGAAAUCUACCAGGCGUCAAAAACUUACCUACCGGCAUCCGCUGGCUUGUCGCCCCUCGUCAACUAUGUGCGCCGGACGGUCGACGAGACAGAUCCUCGCCAGGUUCUCCCCAUUAUUCCCAGAGAUCUAGAACACCUUGCAUCAAAUGACCUUCAGAAGGGUUACGACUCGAUGAAGAGCAACAAGCUCGAGGAUGGUGUUCAAAUCUUCAAGGGCAUCCUACGUGCGCUUUUGGUGAAUGCUGUCUCAGCUGAAGGAGAAGUCGCCGAGGCGAAGAAGCUCAUCACAUCUGCCGCGGAGUACGCGCUAGCCAUGUCGAUUGAGGUGACACGUCGCCGGCUUGGCACACCCGAUGUCGUCAACGCCAGCCCCGAACUCACGAAGCGCAGCCUCGAGCUCUCGGCAUACUUCACCAUCCCCAAGAUCGAGGUUCCGCACCGACAGCUUGCUCUGCUUAAUGCCAUGAACCUGGCUAGCAGAAGCAAGAACUUGAGCUCUGCAUUGAGUUUUGCAAACAGGAUGCUGGCCAACGGUGGUGCCCCCAGAUUACUAGAAAACGCCAAGAAAGUCAAGGCUCAGGCUGAGCGCAACCCACACGAUGCUGUAGAGAUCGAGUACGACCAGUUUGCUGAGUUCGAGAUCUGCGCUGCUUCCUACACACCGAUUUACAGCGGUACGCCGUUUGAGGUCUGUGCCUUUGACGGAUCCAAGUACCACUCCAAGUACAAGGGUACCGUCUGCACGAUAUGCGAGGUGUGCGAAGUUGGCAAGAAUGGCAGCGGCCUGAAAUUCUUCGCCUAG